GUCGAAUUUUCAUUGGCGCAUAUGGUUUACAUCAAGAACAAGCGGAGCUCCCAAAUGUUGACGUGAAAAAUCGAAUAUGAGAAUUUAAUUAAUGGUUGAAUAAUUUCCAACGAGAUUUCGAUACUCAGACAUUCCAAAAUGACGGGAAUGUCAUUCACACAAACGACAGCUUGCUUUGUGGUGUCAGUCGUCCUUUUGGCAUUAUUUGCAAGCGCCAAAGUCACGGAAUUGAAAGUAGAUACGAAGAGUAAGCCAGGUGAUUGUUAUCCUAAUGCUGUAAAUGGAGAUCAAGUUGCUGUCCAUUAUACCGGACGUUUAGAGACUGGAGUGGUAUUUGAUUCCUCUGUUCAACAACAACGAGAUCCUAUUGCUUUUGUCCUCGGAGAAGGGCGAGUUAUUCCAGGAUGGGAGCAGGGUAUUUUAGGCAUGUGUGUUGGUGAAAAGCGCCUUUUAACUAUUCCAUCCCAUCUAGCCUAUGGUAAAAAAGGAAGUCCACCACAAAUUCCUCCGGAUUCAACACUGAUUUUUGAAACAGAACUCAUGUCAUUAAAGCAUAAAGGUGUUGAAGAUACAUUGUUUAAAACAUUACGCUUUUUGUCCAUACCUGCCCUCAUUUUAUAUAUCAUCUAUUAUUUGUAUAAUAAAUAUAAUGCUGAAACUAAGACAACAAGUACAUCUACUAAAAAAAAUAAAAAACGAAAAUAAAAUAUUGAUAGAUAUG